AUGGCACCAAAAGAAACAGACUACCUCUCCAUUGGAAUUGAUACAAUUCAUUUGGACCGUCAAUCCAAUGAUCCCAAGGCACAAACUAUAGCAACAGUGGAUAUUGGCUUUCUGGCAGACCGCUGUCUUCGACUACUAGAUGACGCCAAAAGUAGUAGCACAGGUAGCGAAAGUCCUUCAAAGGCUCUAUAUCGACGUCAGUCCUCUUCCUUCAAUGACCACCAGCAGAUUUUUGUUGGCAUUGCAGGAACUCCAGGCUCUGGGAAGUCGUUCAUUGCACGUCAAGUAUGUGACGAAAUCAACAGGCGUGAUAGGAAUAACAAUUCCGAUGCACCCGAAUGUGUCGUGGUUGGCAUGGACGGCUACCACCUCUCACGACAGGAGCUGAAAAAGCUAUCGGAAAGUGGCCACAGGUUUAAAGUGGACGAAUUCGAAAAUGAGGAACUCAAGUUCAGUUACGUCCCCAUGUCCUACCGACAAGUCAUGUCUCGCCGAGGUGCUGCCUUUACCUAUUCUCCCGAAACAUUCAUUCGCGAUUUGGGCAUUAUCAAGGAGACUGGACAAGGCUCGUUUCCAGAAUACUGUCGAGAGCUGCAUGAUCCUGUGCCUGGCGGAGUCAUGGUGAAGCCAUGCAAUCGAAUCAUUCUUGUGGAAGGUUUGUACUUGCUGUCUUUGAAUGAUCCAGCCUGGAAACGUCUCGGGAAUUUAUGGGACGAUACCUGGUUAGUCGAUGUAUCGCUACCCGAAACAAAACGCCGACUGGUGCAACGCCAUUUAGAAACAUGGGAUGACGGGAAAACGGAAAUGUGGGGUGGCAACGAUGCUGCUGCAGCAACUCGAAAAGCAGAAACCAAUGAUCUCGUCAAUGCAAAAUGCAUCCAAGAAAGCUCCCGGGACUUUGCCAAUCUCAUCAUUCAAAAUGAACGUAUUCCCGAAGAUGAAGAAAACCAUUCACCCACGUUGAAGCGUCAGGAAGCAUUCUCCAGUCGAUCGGAGAGCCCACCAUGA